AUGGAUGUGUCGGAGCUUUGGGCGAUCUUCGGGCCAGGCGUAGCCGGCGCCGUGUUCGGAGCCGGUUGGUGGUUCUGGGUCGACGCCGUCGUUUGCAGCUCCGUCAAGGUCUCCUUCGUCCACUACCUCCCUGGCAUAUUUGCAUCUUUGGCGGCGUUGAUGUUCAAUUGCGUUAAAAAGGAAGACAUUGAUUACUCCCCUUACGAAGAGGGCGAGUGGAGGUUGAAGCUUUGGCUGUUCAUUGCCUAUGUUGUAGCCUUUGUGUCUCUAGCGGCAUCGGUGGGUUUGCUAAUACAGGAUUCACUUGUGACAACUGGUCCUCCAGUGUGGACAGGAGUUGCUGGUGUCUUGCAAUCUGUUUUUGUGUUGAUCAGAUACAGGGAGCACAACUGUGCAUCGGUGCAUGCAAGAACAUACUUCCAAGUUGCAAUUUGUUCAAAACUGGGCGAGUCAAGCAAAAGAACGGAUGUCAGAUUACGUUUUGACGGGAAUGUGGUCAACAAGAGUCAGGUAAGCAAUCGGGUGGUUGUCAUCUUGAUAGGAAAGAGGAGAGAGGUGAGAAAGAGAGGAGGAAGACCUUAUAGAACUACACUUAAAAACUGUUUUGAUUUGCCUUCAUAA